AUGCAUGCAAUAUACUAUUCAAACGUAGGAACGAACUACACGCUUAACCCUGCCUUAUCUAAAAGAAAUCAGCAUAAGGCCAUAAUAUCUCCGGGGCAAGGCCGCGUUUCGUGGGUCCUACGAGGUUCCAACAGCAUGUGUAGAAGUUGCGGAGGAGUUCACCGUAGGAUUGGUUUAAAAAUCGUCGAGGAAUUGGUUCGGAAAGAAGAUGAAGCAAUUGAUAAGGAUGGCAAUGACCAUUCAUCGGACGAAAUACAAAGCACGCAGAAAGCAAAUGGUAUUACGAAAUGUGUCGAUGCAAGCACUUAUGCUCUACAAGAAAGUGUUGAGGUUGAAGAAACGGAAUUAGUGGAAGAAAGCACGGUUGGGCAAGUGAUUGUUGGGGACGACCAAGAAUAUUAUUUGAUCUUGAGCUUAAACGGACCUGAUGUUGAUAUCGGGAAAGUGGACAAUGUUCAGAUUUUACGAAAUGAUGAUGGUACGGAGACGGUGUUGCUAGAAAUAGAUGAGCUCAAUGAAUCAGAACUUUCAUCUUCCCAGUGCAGAAAACGAAAUGACUCUUACCACGGUGUGGAGGUUGUAGAUAUCGAUAAGCAUGGUAAAAUUAUGCAACAAUUAUUCGGCAACCCAGCUGGCUAUGAUCCGUAUCAAUUGGGAAGAUAUAGGAGAAACCGUGUGUACGGCACUUAUUCAUGUCCGGAAUGCGAUCAGACUUUCAUCAAUACUGCUAGGCUGGAAAGACAUUUAGCAGUUCAUCAGAUCUCCGGUUCAUUUCAAUGUCCCCUGUGUCAGAAAGUCUAUAAAUAUGAAUAUAAUCUGUUUUAUCAUUGGCGUCGAACAUGUCAUGAACUGAGCGAGCUGAUACCAGCUGAAAGACGAAGGACGAUGGAUGUUAACGUUUUACGAUCAAUGGUAUUAAAAUUUGCAAGGAAAAAAGCGGACGAAGCACCACCACCUGUGAUGAAAAUAGGUAUUAAUCCGAACUUACUCUUCAGAUCGGAUACGUUUGGUCUUAUCGAUAUGCAAGCUCCUCUAAAUACUCAAAGUAAUGUAUAUUCGGGUGUUCCAUGCAAGCAGUGUGGUGUGAAAAUAUCCAACUCUGUGAUUCAAUGGCACAUAGCUAUGCACCGAGGUAUUAUUCCAGUAGAUGCACGAAGUGGCAGUGGUGAACAUUUCUGCAGCCUCUGCGGGCAAAUAUUUCGUCAACAUUAUAGUUUAAUUAAACACUGGCGAAGCAGUUGUAACGAGAUACAGGCACGUCUUUCGGAAACUCGAGAUAUUUCUAUGGAUGAUGAAACACUGAAGGAUAUGGUAACAGAUAUAAUGCGCGAAUUAGGUGAAGAAUAUUCUCAACGAUUCGGUGGGAUUUCACACGAAGAUGAUGCAGAGGUUAUAUCAUCUCAGGAUCUGUUUCUUUCUGCAGAUAAGGACAAGGACUUGUCAGUGGUUGAUUAUCAGCAGGAUGCACUUACUAGUCGUUUCUCAUCUCAUGAAAUGUUAACACAUCUGGAUACCGCUGAUGAACCCGAGAUAAUUGACAGUGAGGGACAUAGUGUUUCAUGGAGUUAUUUAGAUCAGGUUACUGGGGAUGCUGCAAGUAGUAAUGAGCCAAAUCCAGUGCGUACAAAAUGGUCUUCUACUCAUGGCAUGGUACAGUGUUCGGUGUGCUCCCGUACUUUUGUUAAUAUGGCAAGAUUAGAGAGGCAUAUUGCGGGUUUUCAUGCGACUACUGGAUCACAUCCAUGUGUGCUCUGUGGUAACCGUUUCAAAUACGAUUAUAAUCUUCUUUCACAUUAUCGUCGUUCCUGUCCAUAUACGAAAUUAUACAUUGAUUCAGAAAAAAGGGAACAAUUUGAUGCUCUUGCAUUACGUCGUGCAGUGAGAACACUGGCCCAGAGAAAUUUACAGUUAUCUUCUGCGCAGAAAAAAAUGGUUGCUAAUAAGCGUGAAGUUCCGGAUAACUCAGUGGUAUCUAUUCCUCAUUUUCGCACAAGACCACCGUUUGAACUAAUGGUUAUGCGGCCAGAUCUGCCUAACGGGAAAUCGUGUCCUGUUUGCGGAGUAGUAUUUUACGGUGAGCGCGCCGUUGAGCGUCAUGUAAAAGCUGUUCAUCCUUCAGAAGUGCGUCAUUAUUUCCUAAACGAUACAAAGAAAGAAACAGAAGCAGUUGUACCUACGAGACAAGGCUGCACAGAAAGCGGAGACAGAUUGGGGAAUACCUUGAAGCAAACAGGUGAUAUUGAUAACGUUGAACCUCCUCCGACACUUGCACCUGAAGUACCUGUUCAGGAGCCAAUGGCAACACCAGAGCCUGUUAUUCGUCGCGUUUGUCGCAUUGAUGAGGAUGCUGAUGGGAAUCAGAUAUUCAUCGAUGAAAACGGGGAAGUUAUCGAAUUAGGAGAGAAUGAGGAAGUGCAAAUUCAGUUUGAUGAUAUCGAAAGCGUUCAGCAUCUGUUUGAAACUGGUCAACUUACUAUGGCAAGUGACGAGCAAGCAAUUAUUUUGGAAGGCAAUAUAAAUGAUUCAAAAUAUUGUUAUAAUGUAAACUACGGUGAUAAUAACAGUUCGACUUUGCCGACUGGUAGUGUAGGUUUUGUGGAGAGUGAAAAAGAAGUAGCCGAGGGACGAAACAAACGAUCACGAAAACAGGAGUUUGAAGAAAAUCCGCAACAUUAUGGUACCACACAAAUCAUUUGGUCGUCAGUUAUACUAACAGUAAUGAAUAGUAAUGAAGCGACUACAAUAUUUCAAGAGACGGAUGUUCAUUAA